AUGGCUACCAACUGGACCUGUCCAACCUGUAUGGUAUCUAAUCAGAGCCAUGACGAAUUUUGUUUAUGUUGUGGCACUGCUACAAAUUCAUCAUAUACACAAGAGCCUACUAACGAUCAUGAUGAAGUGGUUCAAUCUCCACCAAAAAAACAAAAAGUUACUUCUUAUUUGGAUAACCCUGGUAGGGUUCGCAUGAGUUUUAAUGUUUCUGACUUGAAGACAACAACAGUAUUUAUCGUUGGUUCAUCGGAAAUUGAUCAAAUUCCUUCAUCAUGUUGCGAUACAACCAAGGAAGGUGACGGGUCUGAGUUUUCCUCGCUCUAUGAAUGCGCACUUCCUACUCCUAUUUUAUCGAUCCCUAGAGUGAAAAUUGUGAGUGUUUCAUGCGGAGCCCUGCACACUGCCUUGUUGACCGCAAACGGAGACGUUUAUACAUUUGGAUGCAACGAUAUGGGUGCUCUUGGAAGGAAAGUCAGUAAAGAUGAAACACCGGAGAUUCCAGAUUCUGAACCAAUGAAAGUGAACAUAAGUCAACCUAUUAAAAAAGUAACAUGUGGUGAUAAUCACACGUUGUUUCUGACAUACAAUGGAACGGUAUUGAUUGUUGGAAGCUUCAAGGAUAGCGAUGGUCCAAUUGGUAUCCCGGAUUAUGACAACUAUGAGACACUGACAAAACUUGAAUAUAUUGACAACCCAACAAUCGUACCAUGCGAAGUUGAAGGGGCUUAUACUAUCUCUGAUAUUUGUUCUGGAGAAAACCACUGUGUGCUCUUGCCUCAAGGAGGCAAGGGAGUUUAUACAUUUGGUAGUAAUGAAUUCUCACAAUUGAUGAUCUGGGGUGAUCAGAUUCAAACUUAUACUGACAAUUCUCCUGACCUAAGUGAUGAUAAAACAAAAAGGUUGGCUCUAACAUGGCCACAAUUCAGAACACUGACUGACCUUGAAAUAGUGACUGAGGGAGAUUCUGAUACUGGGAGAAGGAAAAGGCCAAGAACCAGCGAUGAAUCUGUGGAUAAAAUAUUUACUGGUUAUUGUACAACAUUUAUACAAACAAAAAAUUUGGUAAAACUUUAUGGUGUAGGAAGAAACGCACAAGGAGAAGUUGGAUGUGGAAGCGAUGAAAUGAUCGUCAAGAUUCCAAAAGAGAUAACUCUAUUUGAAGGACAUGAAAUAACACAGCUAUCUGGUGGGCAGUUCUUUACUAUGGCAUUAGUUGAAGAUGCUGUUUAUACCUGGGGGAAUAAUGACUAUAUUGGACAUGAUAUAGAUACAAAAGAGGGGAAACAAACAACACCCCUUAAAUUGCAAGGAUUUGAUGAAAUCCCAAUCGAACAUAUAUUUAAUGGUGCUGAUUCUUGUUUUGCUAUAACAUAUAAUGCAGAUUUGUAUGCUUGGGGGUCUGGGCAAAAUUAUAUAUUGGGAAAUGGGAAAGAUUACAUUUUUCAAAAGACACCAGACCUUGUACCAGCCAGCCAUUUCCCCUCGAGCAAACCAUUCGGAGGCAAAGGUGGAUCCCAGCAUACAGUUUUUCUUUGUAGUAAAAGAAGGGUACAAAAAUAA